AUGGCAACAUCACUGGAAGUGCUUAACAAACAAAUUUAUUGGGCUGCUGAAAGCUACUCUAAAUAUAACAAUUUUCAACUACAACAAGGCAAGAAGUUCGCAGCAAAAGUUGGCGUUAAACAAGAUGAUAAAAUUUUAGAUAUGGGCUGCGGAACGGGAGAGCUGACCUUGUGUAUCGGAGAGAUUGUUGGAGAAAAAGGUCGAGUGGUUGGUGUUGAUCCGGACAUAGAAAGAAUUCACUACGCCAUUCAACACAAUUAUAAAGUGCAUAAAAAUAUAUCAUUUCAAAAUGGUGACAGUUCAAGUGAAUUUGUACAGCGAAACAAAUCCUUCUACGAUAUCCAUUUCAGCAAUUUUUCCUUUCAAUGGCUUACAUUAGAUGAAAAGAAAAUGUUUUUGCAAACGGCUUUCGAAUGUCUGAAACCAAACGGGACAAUAGCUCUCCAGAGUCACGAAGCCUAUCCGGAAAUAGCUCUCUAUGUGGAAAGCCUAAUCUCAAAGAGACAGAACGCUUUGAAGAAUAUUAAUGAUAAGAAACCGAUUCAAUUUUUUAUGUCCAAAGCUGAAACAACAUCCCUUAUUGAGGAAAUGGGCUUUGAAAUCAUUUCAAGUGAUUAUGAUAUUGCAAAACAACGAUAUGAAACACUAGACGAUUUCCUUAACUUUUUUAGUGCCUCUGAUUAUCAUGACACGAACAUGAUUUCCAGCAGCGAAAGAAAAGAGUUGAUGGCACGUUUCGGCAACGAAGAUUGCAGUGUGGAUUUGGUGGACGAUACAAUAUACCAUAUUAUUGCAAGAAAAAAGUACAGAAGAGGUUAA